GACAGAGAGAGAGAAAGAGCCUGAAGAAAGGGAGCAGAGGAGACAUCAGACGAGAGGAGGCGAAGGCUGACACACAGACCAAAUCCCACAAGAAAAAUGCCCAAUUUUGCAGGCACCUGGAAAAUGAAAAGCAGCGAGAAUUUUGACGAGUUGCUCAAAGCCCUGGGCGUGAACGCCAUGCUGAGGAAGGUAGCAGUGACUGCUGCAUCCAAACCCCAUGUGGAGAUCAGGCAGAACGGUGAACACUUCUACAUCAAGACCUCUACCACGGUCCGCACCACGGAGAUCAACUUCCUCAUUGGUGAGGAGUUUAAUGAGGAAACGGUGGACGGCAGAAAGUGUAAGAGUUUGGCCACCUGGGAAACAGAAAACAAGAUUUACUGCAAACAGACUCUACUGAGUGGGAACGGCCCCAAGACCUUCUGGAGCCGAGAACUCAGAGGGGAUGAACUCAUACUGACUUUUGGAGCUGAUGAUGUGGUUUGCACAAGGAUCUACAUGCGCGCAUAGCCGGAGUCCAUGUCCAACAAAUAAUCAGUCAGUGUUUCAACUGUCAGUGAGAAAUUUCACAUAAAAAAAUCAGUUCUGACAUUCAGUGUUUUACAGCUUUAUGAAAAUCAGUUUCAGUUGCAUUAUACACCCCCACCCCCAACUUUUUGUAUAUAAUUUUUUUCUUGCAUUGGAAUUAAAUGAUCAAAAUAUGA